AUGCAAGGAUUCUCAAACGUUUCACUUUAUGGUCAAGGUGGCAUAGUUACUGAUCAGAUGGGCAUGAAUGUAUCAGCCCAAAUCAACCAAGUCAUUCCUACAGCCAACAACAGCAACAACAACAAUACCAACAAUGUAGUCACAGAGGACUCUGAAUGCACUGUUCGCGAGCAAGACCGUUUCAUGCCAAUAGCAAACGUAAUCCGAAUCAUGCGCAAAAUCCUCCCUCCACACGCCAAGAUCUCAGACGACGGGAAAGAAACCAUCCAAGAAUGCGUGUCUGAGUUCAUUAGCUUCGUCACUGGGGAAGCCAAUGACCGUUGCCAGCGCGAGCAACGCAAGACUAUCACGGCCGAGGAUGUCCUCUGGGCCAUGAGCAAGCUCGGGUUUGAUGACUACAUCGAACCCCUGACUAUAUACUUGCAUCGUUAUCGUGAGUAUGAUGGUGGUGAGCGUGGUUCCCUUAGAGGGGAACCUUUGCUGAUAAAGUCGCGGGCCAUGAUUGAUCCCGCGACUUCAACUAGCGUUGCUAUGGCACCGUAUCCGGUGCCACAUAAUUUCGCAAUGGCUCAUCAUCAUCACCAUGGAUAUUUUGCUUAUGCGCCCAUGAGUAAUGGGUACAUGCAAAAUCAUGAUAAUAAUGGAAGCACUUCUCAGGCUGCAGCAGCUAAUGGUGAGGCAAAUGUUCAAUCUUAUGCUGAGAAUAAGGAGUAA